AUUGAAUAGUUGUUCAGAAACUGUCAAUAUUUAAAUACUUCUGUUGGCAACAUUAUCCAUUUAAUCUUUCGAAGGGUUGACGAAAUAUUAACGUUGUGCUUGGGGUUCAUACCGCUUGCGUGGAAUUGAAGAAACAUGGGUCGUCGCCCAGCAAGAUGUUAUCGGUACUGUAAAAACAAACCUUAUCCCAAAUCAAGAUUUUGUAGAGGUGUCCCUGAUCCCAAAAUUCGUAUCUUUGAUCUUGGUCGUAAGAAGGCUAAAGUAGAUGAAUUACCUCUAUGCAUCCAUUUAGUUUCAAAUGAAUUCGAGCAAAUCUCUUCUGAAGCUUUGGAGGCUGGUAGAAUCUGUGCUAAUAAAUAUCUUGUUAAGAUGUGUGGCAAAGAUUCCUUUCACUUAAGAAUGCGACUACAUCCUUUCCAUGUUAUUAGGAUCAAUAAAAUGUUAUCAUGUGCUGGAGCUGAUAGGCUCCAAACUGGUAUGAGGGGUGCUUUCGGUAAACCCCAAGGAACUGUAGCACGUGUGGAUAUUGGUCAGAUGAUCAUGUCUGUCAGAGCUAAGGAUCAACAUAAAGAGCAUGUGAUUGAAGCUCUCCGACGUGCUAAAUUUAAAUUUCCAGGUCGUCAGAAGAUUGCAGUUUCUAAAAAGUGGGGAUUCACUAAGUGGGAUAAAGAAGAUUAUGAAGCAAUGAGAGCUGAUGGUCGCUUGAAACCUGAUGGUGCAUAUUGUCAUUACUACAAUAAUCAUGGACCUUUCAAAGUGUGGGAAGAUAUGCAAAGAGAACUCCGAGGACUUGAUUAAUUCCUAUUAUACUUGGAAAUAAAGAGUUUUCGGAUCUUA